AUUUAUUUCUACUUCUUCCCUUCCAAUUUCUCUACAAAAAAUAAAUAAAUUAUAUUAUAAAAAAAUUGAUCUUUUGUAAAGAAGAAUAUGAUAGGUAACAUGAGAAGAACAAUAAGCACAACAAGGAUCACCGUAGAUGUGAUGAACAAUGGAGAAGGAAAACCGUUUGAUCUUGAUCUUGGUACUAAUUAUGGAUUUUAUGGUCAUGAUCAUCAACACGUGUCAUCAAAAUAUCACCAUAGAAGUUCAAGUUAUCAAGGUUUUCAUCAUCAAAUAGAAGAAAAAUCUCAUUUCUUGACAACUUGUGGACUUUGUAACCAUCGAUUGACACCUUGUCGUGAUAUCUACAUGUAUAGGGGCGAUACAGCAUUUUGUAGUAUGGAGUGUAGGGAACAACAAAUGAAAAGUGAUAAAAGAAAAGAGAAAUUAAAGCUUCUUGUCCUUAAAAAGAAGACUGAAAAUUAUCAAAAUUACUCAGAAUUGCCCUUUGCUAACUCUGAAAAUUCUGGCAAGACUAAAACUAUUGUAGCAGCUUGAAGGGUAAUUUUGGAAAAAGAAAAAAGAGAAGAGAAGAAAAUUAUGUGUAUUUAUUUGUAUUUAAGUAGAAGAGAAAUAACUUAAUUCGUAUAUAUCAGUGUAAUUAAACUUCCUAUGAAAUGUUUAUUGUGUUUUUUUUGGGGUAAAAGUUUUAACAAUGUGUUUCGUA